AGCAGAAAGCAGAUCCUGGCUUCCCCUGUUACCAUUGCAACAAGUGGCAGCCAGCCUAGCGAAAGCAAGCCAAGGGAAACAUUUAUAAAACUGAAACCAACAUGAAAGAUGCCUUCUCAGAAAAGGAAACUCCUGGUCUUGAGCUGCGCAGGGCACAACCAGAUGGAUUUAAGGACAAAGCCUCUUGUAGCAAGGAACCAGGAAAGAAAGUCUUUUAUAUCUCAAAUUUGCUUCAUGAUUAACCAUGCCUCCUGGGGGAAACCUUGUUGCCUUGGAAUAAGAGAAAACCAGUAUGGAAUUAAUGCUUGGGAAGCAUGCAAAACUGUUCAGUAUAACACAGCAGCAAAGAAUGAGUCAAACUUCACAAAGGAGUCUCUGCCAUCACAAAACACGAAAAUGAUUUCGUCUAUACUCAUUUCACAGAUGAUUGAUGAGAAUAAAUCAAAAGAAAAUAAGGCUCCUUUCCCUAUGAAGUCUGUAAUCACCCAGUCUGAUGCUUAUCGCAUGAGCCAAUCUUUGGCUAAUCAUAGUUCAGUCAACAUUAAUAGAGCAUUCAUAUUGCUUCCCAGAAGAUUAGGAAUUCAGAUUUCUUCAGAUGACAGUGUAUUUGGAACAGACUCCCAUACCAAAGAGGAGACGCAGUGUCAGAGCCAGAGGAAAGGUUUUACUUCCAUCACAAUCACCGCUAGACGAGUUGUUCCACCUUCUCACAGCAUGAUGCAGGUGGGUGCUUCCAACCCUCCUUGUUUGAAAUGCCGAGGAAGAAGCAAGCUGCUAAUGAACACUGCUCCUGCUUCAAAUGUGACUGGGCUAGAUCAGCUCUGCAGACCUUUCCACGCACAAAGAUGUUGUCAAAAUGGAAAUGCCACUGAAAUAAAGGUUUCUGAACCCUGUCCGCAGCCAUGCACAGAGCAAUCUGGCUGCACAUCCAGCACCGACAAUAAAGAGAACAGAAGGACCCCUCCAAGAAACAGCCACAAGAAACAAGCACCAAUUUCCUUCACUUCAAGCAUUCACUUCAGCAUUUCCCAGCAGUGUCCAAACACAAUACAUUACAUAGACAAGUCUCUCUCAGUGCCUGUAGAUCAGCCUCGGACUAAGAACCAAAAAAUGCAUAGGUCAGUCAUGUCUUUCAAUAUAAAUUGCAGUUCCCCCACUUUAACGCCAGAUGGAGUGGAUGGUUUAGCUAAUGGAGAGCUAAUCACAGAAGUACUUAAGACAAAGCUCCCAGAGGAAAGCAAGGCUCCACACAGAACCAUUUGGAAUGCAGAUCUCAAGGAGAACUACUUGGAUGAAAAACAGACAUUGGAAAAGAAACCGUUAGGGACUGAAUAUCUCCAGAAUGGUACCUUUCCAUCUGAAACCCUGCCAAUUGUGGAUAGCCUUCAAGGACAUGAUAAUUUAAAGCUAACAAAGAAUAAUGAUGGGAAUUCAAGUGACAAUCACAGUACAUUGUCUCCUCACAUUCCUCAUUGGACUUACGAUGAAGGCACACAAGCAUCCACAGGAAGCAACAGAAAACAGUGCAUAAGAGACAGAAACUAUGAAACAGCACAUGCCUCCUUUCUGGAGCAAUCAUCCAAGAAAGAACUCCUGGUGGAAGGUGGCAUUUCUUUGAAAGAUAAACAUCAACCCAAAGGCACUUCAGAGUCCAAAGAGAGUCAGACCCAAAGCUUUCUGAAACCAAAAACAUCUUUUUCUGAUCACGGGUAUCAUAUAAAGGCUUUAUCAAAAAGGGCACUGGGUGAAAAUGAUAUCCACAGGCAAGAUCCAUUCCCAAAAGGUGAUUACAAAUUCUGUGGCUUGGCUAUCAAGCUGAAGGAGCAUCAGGAAAGUGAGAUGAACAAGACGAUCGACAGGGUAACAACCUCCACAGCUCAUGAGCCAGAUGUUACUCAUGAGAAACAUGAAGCCUUCCAGCAGCCAGAGGUCUGCUCUGAGCCUGAGAACAUUCCUGAAAACCCACUGACUCUCAGGGAGGCGCUAGAAGUUCACAAGCCUCACUUUAUUUCCCGCUCACAAGAACGCCUAAAGAAACUCAAACACAUGGUACAGCUGAGGAAAACCCAGCAGGGUGAUCCUUCAAGAAAGAAACAAGGGGCUGCUCUUUCUCGCAAACUUUCCACGACUUCUAUUACGAGUAAGAAGAAACAGUAUACAAUUCCUCAUCCUCUCAGUGAUAACCUGUUCAAGCCAAAAGAACGGUUCAUUUCAGAGAAGGAGAUGCACAUGCGAUCGAAAAGGAUUUAUAAUAACCUGCCUGAAGUGAAGAAGAAACAAGAAGAGAAACAGAAACGGGUGAUUAUACAGAGCAACAGACUGCGUGUUGAAGUGUUCAAAAAGCAGUUGCUGGAUCAGCUUCUUCAAAGAAAUACCGAGUGACUAAAGAUUCCUGGACAUGUCAUUUCUUCUUGGACCUUGAAUGCCUUUGAUGGUUAUAAAGCCAUAAACACUUGAUGCGAUCUUCA